AUGGCUCUCCCAAAUGAAUCGCUGGCAAAAAGGAUGUUUAAAAGAAUUUUAGCACUUGAACUUCUUGGAAUCACUGGAGCAUAUUUGCUAUUUAAUAAAAUGAAUGCAAAUCAAGAUUUCAGACAUACAAUGAGUAAGAGAUUUCCCUUAAUCUUGGAAGUUUAUUACAAAUCCAAUGAAUGGACUGGAUUCUAUGGAAUAAGGGAACAUGAUCAAAAAGAAUGGUUAAACCACAAAAAUUAGAACCUCUUCAGUUUGAAGUUUUCUUCUUUCUGAGUCAUGAAAC